AUAGUGUGACAACUGAAAAUGUUAGUUACUGUUUAGCAUAUAAAAUAUAAACCAAAAUUUCCUCAGAUCAGAACUUGAGACUGUUGUAGCAGAUCAGAUCAAAAUUUACAGCGAUGGAAACAAAGGUGCAUAGCACGUUUAAUCAGUUUGGUUCUUUACCUGUUGAGAAUGUCCAAGCUCUUGCAUCCAAGAACCUCAAGAACGUUCCAUACAGAUACAUCAGAUCAGAGAUCGAAUUCGAUGUAGUUUCUUUUGAUGAAUCCCUGCAGAUUCCAGUAAUUGACAUGAGCAAACUAUAUGAUAAUGCUGAUGAACAAGAAAAACUUCAUUUGGCUUGCAAACACUGGGGUUUCUUCCAGUUAAUCAACCAUGGGGUAGAAGAUGAAGUGAUUGAGAAAAUGAAGAUUGACGCACAAGAGUUCUUCAACUUGCCUUUGGAGGAGAAGAUGGCUUCUGCACAGAUACCCAAUCACAUUGAAGGCUACGGUCAAGCCUUUGUUGUAUCACAAGACCAGAAGCUUGAUUGGGGAGAUAUGCUCUUCCUCUUUGGCCUGCCUGUGCCCUUAAGAAAUAUGAGAUUCACGCCAACCAAUCCCCCUUCAUUCAGAGCAACUUUUGAUAAGUACUCAAUGGAGUUACAUAAGGUUAUAAUACAUCUCAUGAAGCUGUUUGCCAAAAACCUGGGGAUCAAUCACGAGUUGCUUGCGAGCUUUUUUGAGGACGGGAUACAAGGAGUACGAAUGAACUAUUAUCCACCCUGUGCAGAGGCAAGCAAGGUUUUUGGUCUAGCACCACACUCUGAUGCUACAGGCUUAACACUCUUGAUUCAAGUGAAUGAAGUUGAAGGAUUACAGAUCAAGAGAAACGAGAAAUGGGUGCCUAUUAAACCAAAGCCUGGCGCAUUCAUCGUCAACAUUGGAGACAUGCUUGAGAUUAUGAGCAAUGGAGAGUAUAAAAGCAUAGAACAUAGAGCUAUGGUUAAUCCAGCAAACGGGCGGUUGUCGAUUGCAGCAUUUCAUAAUCCGAAAAUGGGUACCCAGAUUGGUCCUUUGCCUGAUCUUGUUAAAACUAACAAGGCCCUGUAUAGGACUCUACCACUAGAGGAGUUCCUGAGAUUGAAGAUGGCCAGCAAACUUGAUGGGAAACAUAUGAUAAAGAAAAUGAUGCUAUAAUUCAGAAUCCUAGUCAUGUUUAUCAACUAUUUGCCCAAGUUAAGUACUUAACGCAACUUUUGUUACGUCUUUUCCAGUUUCGAAAUGCCACAAACAGGAUUGGUCCAAGCAAA